UAUAUUUGUUGUUAAUUUGCAUGAGUUGCAUUCGAGUGUAAUCCGACAUUUCAAAAUCAACGUUUAGUGUAUUACGUUGUAGUCUAUUUUGUGUAUUACAUUCCAAUGUAAUACACAAAAUAUUAUGUCGUGUUUUAAUUUGCAUGAUAAUAAGUUUGAAGCAAAAGUGCGUGCUCCUGCGUGUCGUGAGUGUUGACGUAAUGCAAUGAUUUAAUUGUUAUGUCAUUCACAGGCGAGGUUUGACUUGUAUUGUUUCGCUCGCUGCCUAGCGGCCACCAGACCGACGCCAAGUACAAAUAAAGACGAUGAAAAAAAGAUUUUAAAAAAAAAAAGAAAGAAAGAAAAGAAAACUGCAUUUGAGGCAAAGCGUGGGGUGCGUGUAUGUAAUGUAGUAGUGAUGAAGACGUAGUGUGUCGGGACAGCCCCUAUGUUUGUCCUCCAUCAUCAUAUUGGAUGAUAUUGUUCCUCUGCUGCCCCCCGUCCAUCCCGCCGUACUUGUCAAGUGAACAUGGCGACCGCACCAGUCUAUUGCGUCUGCAGACUGCCUUACGACGUCAACCAGUUCAUGAUCGAGUGCGACGCCUGCAAGGACUGGUUCCACGGCGGUUGUGUUGGUGUGGAUGAGGAUGACGCCCCAGACAUUGACAUAUACCAUUGUCCAAACUGCGAGAAGAUUCACGGCAAAUCCACAUUGAAAAAGAAAAAGAAUUGGAGUAAACACGACACUGGGCAAAGCACGGAUAUCCGAGCAGUUCAGAAUGGCAGUCAAGUUUUCAUCAAGGAGCUCAGGAGUAGAACAUUUCCAAGUGCGGAUGACAUCGUGGUGAAACUCAGCGGCAGUCAGCUGACGCCGGACUACCUAGAGGAGAACGGCUUUGAGGAGCCGGUCCUGGUUCAGAAGAAAGAUGGUCUGGGCAUGUCAAUGCCUCCCCCCACCUUCUACAUCAGUGAUGUAGAAAAUUAUGUUGGCCCCGAUGUUGGCGUCGAUGUUGUUGACGUCACAAAACAGACUGAUAGCAAGAUGAAGCUGAAGGAGUUUGUUGAUUAUUACUACAGCACAAACAGAAAAAAAGUAUUGAACGUCAUCAAUUUGGAGUUCUCUGACUCGAGGAUGAACAGUAUUGUGGAGAGUCCUCAAAUCGUGCGGAGGUUGUCUUGGGCAGAAAACUACUGGCCUGACGACGCUCUGCUUGGGAAGCCAAAAGUCACAAAAUACUGCCUGAUCUGCGUGAAAGACAGCUACACAGACUUCCACAUUGAGUGCGGCGGUGCCUCUGUCUGGUAUCAUGUAUUAAAGGGAGAGAAGAUCUUCUUUCUCAUCAAGCCCACUUCUGCCAACCUGUCGCUUUUCGAGCGCUGGAGGUCGUCGUCCAGUCACGGUGAAAUGUUCUUUGCCGACCAGGUGGACAAGUGUUACAAAUGCCCUCUCAAGCAAGGACAGACGCUGCUCAUUCCCUCAGGUUGGAUCAACGCAAUACUGACGCCGGUUGACUGCUUGGCAUUCUCUGGCCAUUUUGUCCACAACCUGAGUGUCGAGAUGCAGAUGAGAGCGUACGAAAUUGAGAAGCGGCUCAAGGUGAAAACACUCAACCCCUUCCCCAACUUUGAGACCGCAUGCUGGUAUGUGGGACGCCAUCUCCUUGAGCGAUUCAAAGGUUUACAUAAAGCAAAUAAACAGCCUGCGCCGUACCUGAUCCAUGGUGCAAAAAUCAUCAAUGGAGCCUUCAGGUCAUGGACUAAAAAACAGGCUCUCUUAGAACAUGAAGAUGAGCUUCCAGAGAACAUGAAACCGUCGCAGCUUAUUAAGGAUCUUGCCAGAGAGAUUAGACUGUCAGAGAAUGCAACAAAAGCCAUUAAAUGUGAACCCGGUUUUAAACUGCCAGUAGAAGGGCCACUAUCCCCCCAUUCUGACCCCGAAGAGCCGGUCUCGCCGGCUGAGGUCCCCUCACCAAACAGCGACAUAGCCAGAAAGAAAGCCUCCAAACCCCCGAAACCUCCGAGGCCACCAAGCCUCUUAAAGAUGCCCAAGGCUCCUAAAUCUCCCAAAAUGCCCAAGGUCAAAGAUGGAGGUAAAAAGAAAAUCAAAAAUCUCAAAGAUUCACCACCUCCACCUAAACCCUCCAGUUUCGCAGCUUUGGAGUCCCAUGCAAAGGACAUCUUGAGUAAGAUGGAGCAGCCCAAGAAGGCAAAGGCUGUGAAGAAUAUUCUGACUCUGUCAGAAAAGGAAACAUUUCAGCAAAAUAAUGUGGAAAAAUUUGAAAUCAGGGAGCAGAACAAAAACAAGACAGAAGCAAAAUGGAAGUAUAAGAACAGUAAACCAGACUCUCUGCUGAAAAUGGAAGAGGAGUGCAAAUUUGACAGGACGUCACUGCUGGGCAAUAAAGACAAAGUCAGCUUCACAAUGGCACGCAAGAAAAUCCUGGGGGUCAAGACACUAAAACCUCAGACUAACACAAGUCAUUUUGGGACAUUACAAAACCUAAAAGAGGACAAACCUAAGCCGGUGAGAGAUGAGUAUGAAUACGUCUCAGAUGAGGGAGAACUGAAGAUUGACGAAUUCCCCAUCAGACGGAAAAAGAACGCCGUAAAGAGAGAUCUUUCCUUUUUGUCAGAAAUCCGAGAACCAAUUCAGCCAGCCAAAAAACCAAAGUUCCAGCCCUUGGUGACAAAGGGUGCUGAUUCUUCAGACGAAGAAACGCUGCAUAUAGACACAGAAGCCAAGCCUGAGACGAAAUGUCGCAACUCAAAGGCCAAAAAAAAAGGUGGCAGCGCUGCUGGUAUUCUUGACUUGCUGCAGGCCAGCAAGCAAGUGGGCGGGAUUGACUACAGCACCAACAGUCAGCCACCUGCAUCCCCCAGCACACAGGAGGCCAUCCAGGGCAUGCUGUCCAUGGCCAACCUAUCAUCGUCAGACAGCUUGCAGCAGCCAUGGAGCAACAAUCAGUCCAGAAACAAUAGUCAGUCAAAGAACAUCUUGCACAGCUUGCAGACCAGCAAGAAGACCAGCGGAGGCAUCAGCACAGCUGGUAGCAGUAACAGCAAGCAACCGACAAAACGCCUCUUUAAGAAACCGCAGAGAAGCAGCAGUAUUGAGAGUCUUGAUUAUGAUGAUGACCAGGAUCACAUGGAUGCAUGCUUUAAAGACUCAGAUUAUGUGUAUCCAUCACUGGAGUCUGAGGAAGAUAAUCCAGUUUUCAAAUCCAGAUCGAAAAAACGGAAAAGCAGCGAUGACAUUCCAUACAGCCCAACAGCUCGUGUAGGACCCUCGGUUCCUCGACAGGAAAGGCCUGCAAGAGACGGAGCCCGAGUAGCCUCCAUAGAAACAGGCCUGGCUGCUGCUGCAGCAAAGCUAUCUCAUCAGGAGGAGCAACAAAAGACAAAGAAGAAAAAAAUGACCAAAAGGAAGAUAAUGAUAGAGGAACCGCUAAGGAUGUCUCAGGAUAGUAGCUCGCCAGACCACAAUGCGGACUCGCACGAUGGCAGCCUCACAGAUCACGAGUUCAACACUGGAGCAGUCAAGUCCCCAGUGGGGUCGCAGCCAAUGGCACCAGGGGUUUUCCUAAGCCAAAGGCGACCGUCCAUGUCUUCUCCAAACAGCAACACCACAAGCACCAACAGCAACACGAUGGCAAAGGGCGAGCGUGGAACUUCUGCAGACGCCAAAGCAAAGAGGCUAAAGAAAGGCAUGGCCACAGCAAAACAGAGACUUGGAAAGAUCUUAAAGAUACAUAGAAAUGGAAAACUCCUCCUGUAGCAUGAAGCGAACUGUUGGACUGACAAGUCCUGGACCUCUUUUCAGGAUUCAAGACAACAGAGAGCAUACUUUUUUUUUUUUUCGAUUUCCAAGACCAACAUCACGCAAAUAGGUUUUUGCCUCCCUUUGAACUUUUUCAGCUAUUAAAGUGUACAUAACUUACUAUAAAUAUUUUUAAUAGAUCAUGUUUCAUUGUACUACAUCCGUUUGUCAGGGAAAGGCUAAAACACGAAGCAGUCAUUCCAAGAGUUCACAAAGUAUCUUUGCAUGUAUACUCACCUGCAUGUGUGCUUUAUGGAACAAUUGUGCCAGGUGCAGAGGAUCUUUGCCAGGAUCUGACUGAUCGUCAACAAGUGGAAUAAGCUUGGCGUAUGGACACACUUUUCCAGUCAUCCUUUUGUGUUAGGAGUUGAGUUUGCAAAGCACUAUCACGGUCCACCUUUAUUUAUUUUCCGCUGUGUGGAUGGGGAGAAGACGUGAGGAAAACUGUAAAGCACAAAGUGAAAGAGGAGUAUUGACGUCAUCAAGGCGCUAGCUACUGUUGAUUACAGUGCUGUGCGGCAGAAAAAGAAAGACAUAGGAUUUUGAAAUUGGCCUCAUCCCCGCCUGCAAGUACGUGGGUGAUACUUUCUUUACUUCUUUUGCUUUCACAGGCAGCAGCCAAAUCCUAAAGCCAUCUGCAUUUCUACUACUUUUUACACAAUAGAGAAUGUAGCUUGUCCACAGCCUUUCAAUCAUGCAUUUUUAUAUUCUUUUCUUUCACCUUUUCAUAUAUAUGUAUAUAUAUUUUUAUACACAUAUAUAUGUAUGUCUGUGUGCGUGUGUAUAUAUAUAUGUAUGAAUGUGUUUGUGUAUGUAUGUAUAUGUGUCUAUAUAUAUAUAACUGUGUUUGUGUGUGUAUAUAUAUAUAUAUAUAUAUAUUAGAGAUGUCCGAUAAUAUCGGCCUGCCGAUAUUAUCGGCCGAUAAAUGCGUUAAAAUAUAAUAUCGGAUAUUAUCGGUAUCGUUUUUUUAUUAUCGGUAUCGGUUUUUUAUUUUUUUUUAUUUUUUAUUAAAUCAACAUAAAAAACACAAGAUACACUUACAAUUAGUGCACCAACCAAAAAAACUCCCUCCCCCAUUUACACUCAUUCACGCUCAUUCACACUAAAGGGUUUCUUUCUGUUAUUAAUAUUCUGGUUCCUACAUUAUAUAUUAAUAUAUAUCAAUACAGUCUGCAAGGGAUACAGUCCGUAAGCACACAUGAUUGUGCGUAGUGCUGGUCAACUAAUAGUACUAACCUUUAACAGUUAAUUUUACUAAUUUUCAUUAAUUACUAGUUUCUAUGCAACUGUUUUUAUAUUGUUUUACUUUCUUUUUUAUUCAAGAAAAUGUUUUGAAUUUAUUUAUCUUAUUUUAUUUUUUUAUUCUAUUUUUAAAAGUACCUUAUCUUCACUAUACCUGAUUGUCCAAAUUAGUGAAUUUGUGAAUUAGUGAAUUAUAUUUAUAUAGCGCUUUUCUCUAGUGACUCAAAGCGCUUUACAUAGUGAAACCCAAUAUCUAAGUUACAUUUAAACCGGUGUGGGUGGCACUGGGAGCAGGUGGGUAAAGUGUCUUGCCCAAGGACACAACGGCAGUGACUAUGAUGGCGGAAGCGGGGAUUGAACCUGCAACCCUCAAGUUGCUGACACGGCCACUCUACCAACCGAGCUAUACCGCCCCAAAUUAGGCAUAAUAAUGUGUUAAUUCCACGACUGUAUAUAUCGGUUGAUAUCGGUAUCGGUUGAUAUCACUAUCGGUAAUUAAAGAGUUGGACAAUAUCGGAAUAUUGGAUAUUGGCAGAAAGCCAUUAUCGGACAUCCCUGAUAUAUAUACAUAUACUGUAUACUGUAUGUGUGUAUAUAUAUGUAUGUAUGUUCGUGUGUAUGUAUGUUUAUAUGUGUGUAUAUAUAGAACCGUUUUUGUGUGUGUGUGUGUGUGUGUGUGUGUGUGUGUGUGUGUGUGUGUGUGUGUGUGUGUGUGUGUGUGUGUGUAUAUAUAUAUAUAUAUAUAUAUAUGUAUGUAUGUAUUACUAUUUUUGUGUGUGUGAAUAAUUAUAUAUACUGUACACACACAGAGUAUAUGCAGUAUGUGUGUGUAUAUACAAUGUGUAUGUAAAUAUAUAUAUAUCUUGAUUUACAUAUACAUAUAUACAUGAUACAUGAUUUACAUAUACAUAUAUAUAUAUAUAUAUAUAUAUAUAUAUAUAUAUAUAUAUAUAUAUAUAUAUAUAUAUAUAUAUAUAUAUAUACACACACACACAGAUAUAUAGAGGUUAUCCCUAAGGUCUGGACAUAUAUAUACAGUAAAUAUUGUACACACAUUAUAUAAUUAAUUAACCAACUAAUAAUAAACACAUAAUAAAUACUAAUGUAAAUCAAUACAUGUUAAGCUAAAACAUACAUUUAAUAAUAACUUAUUUAUUAAAUUGAUGAAUAAAAUUGUUGAUUUAUAUAAUAUAUAAAAACAACAUUCAGCAUUAAUAAUUGCAUAAUGUACACUAUUUUUACCUAUGUGCCCAGACUUUAUGGUUAUAUAUAUAUAUAUAUAUAUAUAUAUAUAUAUAUAUACUUGGAGAGCAUCCAGAAAGUAUUAUCAGCGCUUCACCCCCAUUUUCUGUUACAUCACAGCCGUGUUCCAAAAUGUAUAAUUUUUUUGGCCUUAAAACUACGCACAUAACAUAAAAACACCUUUUUUUGGGUAAUUUUUGCUAAUAUAGUGUUGAGUAAAAAAAAGGAACAUAUCACAUAAAUAUUUACAGCAUUUGCAAUGAAGUUGAAAAAGUAGUUUUGAUUAGACUUUGAUUUGCAAAAACCAAUAUUCUGAAUUGAAAGGGCAAGAAAUAAAUUUCCCCUAUUUUGGAAUAAAGCUGUAACAUAAUUAAAUGCGGAACAAAGGAACACUGUAAGUGUGAGUGUAUGUGUGUGUGUUUUGGAAUUCCUGGUGUUGCCUGGAAAACAAGAGAAAAAAAAAGCUUAAUUUUAAGUUGUUUUAUGGCCUUACAUGCUUUGUGUUUGAACAAGAGAUGGAGCUUUGAGAAGAACCUAUAUUACCAAAAGGUCUUAAAGUUUCUAUGACCAGCCUCUUGUUCAACUUGUAGUGUCCAGGAGGAUUUGAGAAUGACUUUAUUAGCACCUUGUGAAGUGUUUCCGUGUCAGUGAUGUAAUUUAUUAAUGUUUGUAGCUUUUUAUACUUAACGAUUGAAGAGUAUUUGUUUUUUUUCUAACGUUUCAUCAGCUGGUGGAAUCCCCUUUUUGAAGUUGUCCUGACACCACAAGCGUAUGUUUCUUUCUUCCGCCCUGUCUCGCUACCGACGCCACGUUAUUACGUUGCAAUACUUCAAAACGUGGGGUUUUGUUACUGUCAGCACAGUUGAUCAUGUCACAUUUGAAUAUCGUCCUUUACUUUGACGUUCCAUCUAUGAAACAUUGGCCGUGACGGGGCAGCCAAUGCCAUCUGUUGUAGCCGUCUUCCCUUACUGUUAUUUACAGUAGUAGUAUUUACAAAUCCUUUUCAACCUGAAUAUAUAUUUUUCUGUAUUUAGACGAUUUUUUUGGAGAUCAUGUCUGGCUUUUUUAAAGAUGUUUCAUUCAGAGGAACAAACAUAUUGUCGUUGAAUGAUAUGCUUGUCCGCUUUGUUUACAUUUGCAAUACAGUUACCGUGGAUAACCUU